GAGAUAAUUGCUAUAAAGGCACGAGUGCCCUAUAAAGGCCAACAAGGUGACUAUUAUAUAAUGGUAAUGGAUAUGCUUGGGCCAAGUUUAUGGGAUGUUUGGAAUAAUAACUCUCACACGAUGUCCAUUGAAAUGGUAGCCUGCAUUGCUAUAGAAGCUAUUUCAAUAUUGGAGAAGCUUCACUUAAGGGGGUAUGUUCAUGGGGAUAUGAUGUUAAACCUGAAAACUUCUUGCUUGGUCAGCCAGGGACUCCUGAUGAGAAAAAACUAUUUUUAUUUGAUCUUAACUUAGGUAAUUCAUUAGUUC